UAUUUCUAGAGGCAAAAACGGUAUCGAUUUAGAGGUUAAGUUCAAUUUAUAAAUUUACAAUAUUACAUUAUUAUUGCAAGUAAAUUUCAUUUACUGCAGAUUCACUUUAGAAAAGUAAAUAGCAAUUUCCCAAGUAGAAAAGUGUUAAGCCUAUCUAUGUUAAAAGCUGAAAUGGUACAAUUUUGUAUCACUAAAAUACUAGAAUAUUGAAGUGCACAGAAAAGACAAAGAGGUUGUGUAUGGCCAGAGCGACGAUGGGACUGGAGAAGGGGACUCCCAUUCACCCAAAACACAACAGUCCCUUCCACAACCAUCAACCAAACGCCAGCAAAGCUGGAAAACUGGUUAUGAUGGCGAAGUUGAAGGAGCGGGCGCAAGAAGAGGCAAACUUGUCACUUGCCAAUAUAUUGAAUGAAGAAGCAGUGAGAGACCCGGAAACCAUGCACAGCUUAUCAGCAGUGGACGCCAGAAGGGCGAUGAAGAGGGCGAGAGGAACAGCCGAGCCGGCCAUUCCCCGCACCCUGGAGGAGUUGAGGGAAGAACUUAGCCAAGUGGGUCGUGAGGGUUUACGACUCACGACUGGAAACACAGAGUUUUUCCUCAACGAGCCUAUAAGGGGUGCGGACGGGGAGACGUUGGCCGAGGGCUUCGUCAGCCACAGAAUACUACAACAUUUAAGGAGGCAUCCAGCGGAGGCGUCUCACAUUCUUAUGGACGCUACGUUCAAGACUGUCCCCAGGCGACCACAGGGGGUGCAACAAUUUUUCUAGACAUUCUUCUAGUGCAAUUUGGAGGCACGCUGUAGCCGAGGGCCUGACCAACGUUAUUCACAACAAUUUUGAUGCGAAAAGAUUUGUGGAAAUACUUAUGGCGCUCCCGCACCUUCCGCCCCAUCAAGGACCUCCUCAUGAUGACCGGGUCCCCCCAUAUGGCAUAGUUGAUGGCUUGAAUGCCAUAAACAAUUAUGUUGAUGAGGGACUCCUCGACCAUCGGUUGACGAGAGUCAUUGCAUAUGUCAGGAGGUAUUGGGUGGGGGUGAUUGGCGUGGAGAGCCUCUCCACCUUGCAGGCACCUCGGAGGACUAAUAAUCACCUCGAGAGCUUCCACGCUAGGAUGUUGGCUGCAUUCGGCGUCAACCUGGAUGUGUGCAGUUUUAUACUUAAGUAGCUGCAAUGAUACAUUAAAAUUGCAUUAUAAGAUAGGUAUUUUACUUCCAACAUAUUAAGCCUACUGGCUGUCAUGAUAUGAAAUUAACUCUACCACACAUAAUGAAUGAGUAAAAUUAAAAAUUGUUGAACUUUAUUCAUAUGUCACGCUACCUUCCUAUUCAGAAUACAUUCUACGGAGGUUAAUUUUUCACAUUCCUAUUGGCCAUUGAUGAAUAUCCGAAAUAUUUUAGAAGUUACUUACACUCUUACUCUUAAACACAGUUGCUGAAAUGGUUGUGACAUUUGUCAUACCAUUGGAUUAGCCUACCAAGAAGUCUUCUCCAUAAAAUAUGCCACCAGAUUAGUUUAAGUGGGCUAAGAUGUUGUUUUGGAGCUCAAGUUAUUAUAUAAAUGAUUAUUUAUUGAUUUUGUCAUUCAUACAACAAGCACAUUAUCAAAAUGAUAGGGAGAGGAAAAAAUAA